AUGUCAGUUAUAAAUCUAAGUCCCCAGAAACCAGUCAUACGACCUCAGUCGUCAAAGUUCACAUAUCAUGAUCUAAACCAACUAAACGAUCGUUCCAGAUCUUACUUAUCUCGUUUGGCGGUGAUUGGCCAUUUAGAUUUGAAUGCAUUCUUUGCUCAAGUGGAACAGGUAAGAUUGAAUUUAACUAUUAAUGAUCCUGUUGUAUGUGUUCAAUGGCAAGCUGUGAUAGCCGUUAGUUAUGCAGCACGUAAGUUUGGUAUUAAGAGAAUGGAUACUAUCAAAACAGUCAAAGAGAAAUGCCCUAAUGUGGUUCUAGCACACGCAGCUGUGUAUGAGAAAGGUUCUUCCAAAUGGAAAUAUGUUGAUAAAUUACCAUUUCAAGGUCAUUGUAAGGUAAGCUUGGAUCCUUAUAGACGAGAGAGUCGUAAGAUUUUCAAAAUUCUACUGGAAAAUUGUGACUUGGUUCAAAAGGCAAGUGUUGAUGAGGGAUAUCUCGAUUUUGGUAGAUUGGUUUAUGACAAAAUACGGCAACUCGUCCCCUUCAGUGAUAACCCUGAUGAUAUACUACCUCCUAUACCUGAAGAUUUGGAAAUCGAGUAUUUUGGGAAAUUAUACAAUGUGAAUGGUGUGGAAAUCAAUGAUUGGGAUGAUGUUGCUAUUUUAAUGGCUUCCAAUUAUUUGUUCAAUUUCAGGAAACAGAUCUUCGAAAAGUUAGGGUAUACAACAUCAGGGGGUGUAAGCAGGAGUAAGAACAUGGCCAAAUUGGCUGGUGGGUUUUUGAAACCCGAUAAUCAGACUAUACUUCUCAAUAGUCAAAUACCUAAUUUCUUAAAGAACUUCGAAUUGACAGAGAUAAAUGGUUUGGGUGGGAAAUUGGGUGAACAGAUAUUAUCACAAUUCAGUGUUCCUCCAGAAUUCAAUUCUAUUGAAUAUUUGACCACCCUUCCUGAAGAAGACGUCAAAUCUUCAGAAUUUGAUCAUUUGUAUGAAAUAAUAAGAGGUGACUUCAGACAAGAAUUGAAGGAUAGAACCGAUAUUAAAUCCAUGAUGUCUAGGAAGCAGAUGAUGGGAAAUGCUCCAUUAUUGACCCUUUUUGAUUGCUUGGAUUGGUUGAAGACUUUUAGUGGAGAUUUAUGUAAUAGACUUGAAGAUCUCGAUGAAGAAUUCGGUCAAUUGACACGUCCAAAAACUAUCAGUGUUAGUGCAUUGAUACUGGGUACUAGUCAUUCAAGGCAAUUGGCUAUACCUGUCCAAAGUGAUUUAGGAAAACUACGCUUGAUCUUAGAGAAAACCAGCGUAAAGUUAUUACUUGAUUUAGUCAAGAGUUUAUUUGAUAUUGACAAAUUGAACGAUGGGAAGUAUAAAGAAAAUGCGGAAAUCAAUCGUUUUAAUAAGGUCAAAAUCCCACCUAUCAUGAAUUUUGCCAUCAUCAUAUCUUCCUUACAACGAUUAGAUAGUUCGAUUGAUAAUUUCGCUAAGAAAGAACAAGUCAAUUUGUUUGAAAAGUUCGAAAAUGAGCAGAAACUUCAACAGCAAACACCAGAAGCUCAGAAACCUCCAGAACCCAAAAAGAAAUUGGAUAAGGAAUUCAUAUCUAACCUUUUUGCCAAAUACGAACAAUCCAAAUCUGAAUCCCCAAGCCCUGAAAGGAUCGCUAAAAAACGAAUGGACACCAAAAAAAGAGUGGAAAAACCCAAGAAACACAUGGACACAAAAAGACCCAAAUACAAUAUUCUAGAGAGUUUGAAUCGUCGUUGUAAAGAAUGUGGAGAGAUUUUCAAUAAUGUUCAAGAACAUAAUGAUUUCCACACUGCGCUACAAUUAUCCAGAGAAAGCGCGGACCCCAGGAAAUAA